AUGUUCCCGGCUGGCGAAUGUCGGGCUGUACGGUUGUUGCUCCUGCCCAGGAUCUAUCAUCAUAUUCAAUGUAAGUUGGCUAGCCUCCUAAUACAACCAGCAGCGACUUUCAAUGCUAAUCGAUACUGCAGUUAUGUAUUCGGCGGAAUGGCAAACACGACAGCGCUGUCAGAUGGCAAUGUCUACGUUCUCUCAGUGCCUUCAUUCCGGUGGAUUCGGGUUACUGAUGACAACAGCAUCCGUAUUAAACACAAAUGUGUCCGGCCUCAGAAUAAUACCAUGAUAGUGGUUGGAGGCAAUACCCCAGUCACGAAUCGAGAAUAUGACCCUUUACCACAGAACUGCGACAGUGCUACGUUUGCCAACGGGAUAGGCAUCUUCGACCUACACUCCCUCUCGUGGAUCUCUAACUAUAAUGCAAGCUAUAGCGAUGCCUAUAGAAUCCCUUCUAAGGUCUCCGACGUUAUCGGCGGGAGUGAAACUGGCGGAGCGACAGUAGUUUCGCCCAAGGAUGGAUUCAAUAGUACCAGUAUGGAAAGUUUAUUUAAGAAACGAAACAACGCCACGGAUUCCGGUACUUCAUCGACGUCGACUUCCAGUACAACUGGACAAAGCUCCAGUGGAUCUAAGAAAAGCCUAUCCGGCGGCGGUAUUGCCGGAGUGACGGUUGGCUGCGUUGCUGGUGUGGGCUUGAUCGCGGACCUUGCAUGGUUCCUCGCCCGAAGACACCGAAAAGCAAAAGCUGCGAGUAGCACUCGACUGGCAUGGCAGAGCGACGCAUCGGCUAUUCCACCACUGGAAAGCCCUCAGAAAGAGCUGUAUGGUAGCGGACCAGAGGUCUAUGAGAUGGGAGUCAGGGAUCAAGCUCGCUUCGAGAUGCCAGCCGAGAAUAUGGCUGUGGAAAUGCCCGCCGAGGGGAUCAAACGAUGA